UGUUGUAGUUAUUUAUAUGGUUUUAUUUUGAUUUAAUAAGGAAGAUGAUUUAAAUCUACUCGUAAGUAAUUAAGAAGGAAGUUAAAAAUGGGAAUAACGAAGCAAUAUUUAAGAUUUCAACCUGGACCUGUAUUUGGUGUAGUAGGAAGCUUAAAGAGUAACAUUGUAUAUUUGGAUAUUCAGGGUUCUCACGCUAAAUUAUGUGCUGUCGGAUCAUGUGAAGAUGUUAUUGUGUGGGAUUUAAAAACACAGGAAAAGUAUUUGACGUUAAAAGGUGAAAAGCAUGAAGUUACCAUAAUAAGUCGUUGUCCUGAUAACCGCCAUCUUGCCGUUGGUUAUAAUGAUGGUAUGGUUCGAGUGUUUAGUUUAAUCAAUCGGGAAUGUAUCUGUACUUUUAGCGGACACAAAUCAGCUGUUACAGCUUUAAACUAUGAUCACCAGGGCCUCCAACUUGUCUCAGGGUCAAAGGAUACAAAUGUUAUUGUUUGGGAUAUUGUUAAUGAAGCUGGUCUGUACAGGUUAAAAGGUCACAAGGGGCAGGUAACUCAAGCUGUCUUUCUAAAGGAGAAGAAUGUCCUUGUUACAAGCUCCAAAGAUACAUUUAUAAAGUUUUGGGAUCUGGAUACCCAGCAUUGUUUUAAAACACUAGUGAAUCAUCGUACUGAGAUUUACGAUUUUCAAAUUAUAAAGAAUGGAACACGUUUAAUAACAGGAUCAGCUGACAGCGAACUUCGUGUUUGGGAAAUAAAAUAUGCCGAUAAGCAGGUAGAAGAUGAUGAACCACCAGUAGGGAAAAAGUCCAAACUGGAGAAUGAAGACAAAGAUGAUGACUUGAAUAUUUUGACAUGUGUUAAACUUGGUUCUGUUAUACGACAGUCACGAACUCAUGUUGUUUCCAUGGUAACAGAUAAAGAAGAGAAAGUGUUGUUAUGUCAUGGAAAUGAUAAAAAAGUAGAAAUGUUUUCAUUGCCAAAUGAAGAAGAUUUAAAAAAGCGUUUGUCAAAAAAAAGGAAGAAGGCAAGAUUAAAGAAAAGUGAAGAAGGUAAUAAAGUUGAUGAAGAUGAGGUCACGCUAGCUGCGGAAGAUUAUGUCAAGAAUAUAACUCAAGUGUUUUUACCUGCCAAAGUUCGUUCUGUAGAUAUCGAGUUAGAUGAGGGUCAAGUUAAGAUGAUGGCCUUAUUAACAAACAACAGUAUAGAAACAAGUACACUGGAUGUUCAAGAGAAAGGUUGUCAGAGAAAGAAUAUCUGUAGUCAUGGUUUACCAGGACAUAGAACUGAUGUACGAACAUUAUGUUUUAGUUCUGAUAAUACAGCCAUUGUAACAGUUAGUGCUGAAUCGGCCAAAUUAUGGAACAGGUCAUCCGUAAAAUGUAUUCGUACAAUGUCAUGUGACUAUUCGCUGUGUUCUGUGUUUGCUCCGGGGGAUCGCCAUAUUAUUCUUGGAACAAAGGCAGGUAAACUACAGAUAUUUGAUAUAGCGUCAGGUGAUUUGUUGGAGGAUAUCGAAGCUCAUGAUAGUACCAUCUAUUCUAUAUCACUUUCACCAGAUAAGAGAGGUAUUCUGACAGGAAGUUCAGAUAAAACAGUCAAAUUUUGGAAUUUUGAACUGGUUAAUCAAGAAGGAAGCUCUAGUAAACGUCUAACAGUUCAGCAUUCAAGAACAUUAAAAAUGGAGGAGGAAGUCAUGUGUGCUAAAUAUAGCCCAGAUAAUAGAUUGUUCGCUGUUUCAUUGUUAGAUAAUACUGUCAAAGUUUUCUUUGUUGAUACACUCAAGUUUUUCCUGUCCUUAUACGGUCACAAGUUACCUGUAUUAAGUUUGGAUAUAUCGACAGAUGGAACGUUAUUAAUAUCGGGUUCGGCAGAUAGAAAUAUUAAAAUAUGGGGGCUGGAUUUUGGUGAUUGUCACAAAUCUAUCUUCGCUCAUGACGACAGUAUAAUGUGUGUACAGUUUGUGCCAAACACUCAUCUGUUUUUCUCUGGUGGAAAAGAUAAAAAGUUAAAACAAUGGGAUGCAGAUAGUUUUGAACAUAUUUUAACUCUUGAGGGUCAUCAUGCCGAGAUCUGGGCAAUGGCAGUUAGUUACCGUGGUAAUUUUGUUGCUACAGCAUCACAUGAUAAAUCUUUACGAUUGUGGGAACGAACUCAGGAACCUUUGAUUCUAGAGGAAGAAAGAGAAAUGGAAAGAGAGAAAGUGUUUGAUGAACAAGUUGGUCAGUCAGGUGAACCAGUGGUUGCUGGAGAGACAACAACAGAAGUUGGUUUAGCUGGUAAAAAAUCUAUAGAAACAGUUAAAGCUGCAGAGAAAUUAAUGGAAGCAUUAGAACUUUAUAAGGAAGAAACGGCCAAACUUGAAGAACACCAAUUAGAAUGUAGUCGAACCGGGAAAAAGCUACCUGUACCUGCUCUACAUCCGAUGUUGAUAGCCUUUAACUGUGAUUCACCCAACCAAUAUAUGAUAGACAACAUUAAAAAAAUCAAAUCUAGUGAAUUAGAAGAAUCUUUACUUGUUCUACCGUUUCCUUAUGUCAGUGAUUUAUUACAAGUUUUAGAUAAAUUUCUUACUUUGGGUUGGGAGACGGAACUAGUCUGUAGAUGUCUCUUCUUUCUCCUCAGAGUACAUCAGGGGCAGAUAACUAGUAACCAAGUCUUAUUACCUGUAGUAGACAGAUUACGAUCAGCAACAUCAAACAGAGUCAACCAACUGAGGGAUCAGAUAGGAUUCAAUUUGGCUGGUUUACAGUUUUUAAAACGUAGAUUAGAAGAUCGUGACCAGAUUCAGUUCUUCGCAGAUGCCACAACAACCAGACGGAAAAAGAAGAAAAAGGCAGAAAAAGUUGUUUUAGCCAUAAAAACAUGAUUUUUGUUGUAUUAAAAUAUAUAUAUAUCAA